UUUCUGCCUCCCUUUACUCCAUGGAGUUUGUUAUUGACGUAAACCCGAAUCGCGGUGCUGCCUCUGCAGGUCUCUUAAACCGGUCUAAACACUAACGUUACGUAUGUCGUCUGUUGAUUUGUGGGAUUUGGAACAAUUUUGAGGAACACAGAUAAGGAUGACUUUCUGGGAGGAUGAUUCGGUACCUGCUGAACCCAUGGCUUUCCUCCACCUGCUCAAAAACUUGGAUGAUGGGUUAGGGUCUGAAGAUUGUCACAAGCUCAGCUUCAUAAUAACAGAUCUUGGCAUUCCAAAGGCCAAACUGGAAUUAGUAAAACAAGCUACUGACAUUUUUGAUGAGCUUGAAAAGCGAGCAUUGAUUGCAGCCGAUGAUGUCCAUCUUUUGUGGGAACUGAUGGACUUGAUCCAUCGGAAGGACCUUCUAAAAAUUAUUGAUUCUUAUUGCAAAAGGCACUUUGUCAAGCAGUUGCACAGAGACCACACCAUCAGCAAGUACAGGCUGUUACUUCUUGAGGUAGCAGAUAGCACAUCUACUGCAGAGCUGGAAUGCUUUAAGCAAGGAUGCAAAGAUCUCCUGGGAAGGCAGGCAGUCAGCAAAAUUAAGAAUGUCUAUCAGUUGUUCUCACUUCUAGAGGAGCGUGAGACUCUAUCACCUUCCCGUUUGGCAUUUCUGUUUCAGCUUUUAAGUCUGGCUGGAAACCAUAAGAUGAUGCACAAAAUUCAACACUUUGAGAAUCAAGGCAGCCUUCCUGAUGAUGAACUUGUUCAACUGAGUUCACAUUUGGCAUCUGAAUGGCGAAAGCUUGGGUCAUUUCUUGGGCUUGGUCACCACACACUACAAGCCAUAGAUCUAGACCAACAUUCCACAGAGGGCAAAGCCGCAGAAGUACUCUUCAAGUGGCGGCAUACUUUGUCCAACAAAGAGGAUGCAUAUGGAAUUCUGUCAAAGGCACUCAAGAUGUGCGACCGCUUGGAUCUUGCAGAAGUAGUAAAUAAUAUGGCACGAGAGCAUCAGCAAUCUGCACUUUCUCCUGGCAAGGUGGUAUACCAAGAUAUGGGAGGUCAUGGCCCAACACCACACCUUAUGAAACCCAGUGACUUCUGCAAAACUAGUGCACCAUCUUUACCUAUCCAAGCUACCAGGCCAGUCAGCUUUACACAUAUAUCUGAUCAUGGCCUACCAGACACAGUUUUGCGGGAGUUGAGUGAAUACAUCAUAGGGGAAUGGAAGAAAAUCGGCACAUUCUUGAACUUGGAGUAUUCCAUUAUACUUGGAAUAGAUCAGAACCAUUGUAGCUCAGAAGAUAAAGCUUACCACAUGCUAAUGACAUGGCGUUCACGUCUCAGUGAAGGGACCGAUGCUGUUACAACACUUGCUGCAGUACUAAAGACUGUUGGGCGAGUGGACUUAUCAGAACGACUCAAAGUACAUAUGGCUCAGCCACUUCAAUCCAUGAAUGUCCAGUUUACACAACAGCCGGAGGUAAUAGAUUGGCCAGCACAUUACACAAGAGAUUCACAGCAGCAGCAAUCACAGGCUGAUGCAACACCUGAAGCAUUAGGUUCCGAAAAUGUUGCAGAGCAAAUGGAAGGGAUGGAAAUCUGUCAAUCGCAUGGAGAGCAGGAAAAGCCACAUACACCACAAGAGCAACAGACAUAUGGAGGGAUUACUAUGAGCAAGAAAGAACAUGUAAUUGGACAGGAAUCGUUACCUGAAUACAGGAUGACCCGCAACCCGAGGGGACUGUGUAUGAUUAUCAACAAUAUCAACUUUGUUGGAAACAGAUUUAGAGUCCGUACAGGCAGUGGAAAAGACACAGGUAAACUGAACAAUCUGUUCAACAAACUUCAUUUUAAGGUGGAAGUGAAGGAGGAUCUUUCAGCUCGUGACAUGUUGGAUUGGUUCAAGAGGGUCAGUCAACUUGACCAUAGUCAGUUUGAUUGCUUUGCAUGCUGUAUCCUGACGCAUGGAGCAAUGGGCAAAGUCUACGGUACUGACUGUAAUGAAAUUGAGAUACACCAGAUAAUGGCACUUUUCACAGCUGUUUCAUGUCAGAGUCUUGCUGGCAAGCCAAAAAUGUUUUUCAUACAGGCCUGCCAAGGUCAUGUCCAACAGGUACCAGCAAAAGUGCAAGAUACUGAAACUGAUGAACCUCCGUGUGGAAUAGGCGCUGACAUCAAAACGUUACCAAAUGAGGCUGACUUCCUACUGAGUUAUGCUACUGUUCCAGGAUAUGUGUCAUAUCGAAGUAAAAGCCAAGGCUCUUGGUUUGUCAAUGCUUUGGUCGAUCAGAUAACCAAACACCACAACACUUCAGAUUUGAUGUCCAUCUUGACCACAGUAAACAGUCAUCUUAGUGAUGCUGAUGCAAAAUUUAAAGAGGAAGGUGAAAUAUUUGUAAGGAAACAGGUGCCAGCACCAAGCUAUACAUUAAGGAAGAAAGUUUUUCUGCGUAGUUUGGUUGAGUAAAUCCACUCAAAAUUCUCCAAGGUCACAAACCAAGGCCUGGUAAAGUAUAGCGCUCUCCUACAUAUGUCUAUAGCAAGCAAGUUUACGGUACUUGGGUGCCAGUAGUACUACGUUAAUACGCUAUUUACAUGUAUAGGUCUUGUAUCACGUGAUUAUCACUUUAUUGCGUGCUUAGCUAUGGAAGCAAGGUACGGACCUGAAAGGCCCAAACUGUCAUGUGUACCUUUUUAUAUUUUACACUCCAGAGUUCCAAAUAUUGGCUAAAAUAUAAAAGGUUAGAUUCAUCAGAUAAGAAACUAGGAAUGGUUGGUGAUCCAUAAAUUCAUUUCUAAAAAUAUGCAACCAGUGCAGAUGAACAUUGUUAACAUUUAUUUCACAAUCGUACAUGUACAUAACAAACCUGAAGCCAGUCGCUCUGAAAUGGGGUAUUGUUUGUGGUCCAUGCGUCUUGCCUUGCAAUUUAGCUAUAGGAUCAACAUUGCAUUAUUGUGAUUGGCUGAAGUGGCGUUAUCUCAUCAAAUUACUUCAGCUGUGGAGAAUCAAAGUUACAAAUUUCAAACAACAUUCAGUGAUAUAUUUUAAGAGUAUACUGUGAUGACAUCAUCACUUUGGUGACAAGAAUGCAUGUGCUCAGUUCUUGUAGGAAAAAUUUCUUUUGUGGCUUGGUGCAAAAGCUACUAUCAAUAUUGUAGGUUGACAGGACAGUUGAAAGGUUAUGUAAUUGUGCAAGAAAAUAGGAAACUUGACCAAUUUUAGUUCUUUAUAUAGCAUAAAGUGCAAAAGUAAUGUUUUCAUUAUUACAUGUUCUCAUGCUAGAAGUAAAAUGGGUGUAACUUUUUUAUACUAAUAGUGAUUUUUACUAUUGUUGACGGAAAAUGCUCUGAAAAAUAUGCAGAGUCAUUACGUCGACCUCCCAGACAUAGAAUAGCUCUGUUGAAGAGAUUUUCAUUCAUGAAGUUAAUGUAGGGGACCGUGCCUUAGCAAGGGCGACUUCACUGUUUUAAUUCUAACUCAUGAAUAUAUGCAUAUUGUGUAUAGCUGAUAUACAUUAUAUCUAGGUUAUUUGCAUGUUUGUGUGUCAAGUAAUUGUUGCUUGAUGACCUUGUGCAUCCCACGAGCAAGGACUGACAGUAUUUGGUAGACAUCCACCAGGAAAAUAAGUCCAAAGAUUAUUUUAGACUGACUGAACUGACUGAAUUUAUCGAAAUUAUUGUAAUGUACAAUAAUUACCCCUUGUAUUAUGUGAUAUUUUGGUGAUGCGUUAAUUGAAGCUUACGUUACUUGUACUAUAAUUUACUUGGUAAGUAAGUCUUCAUGUAUGAAUACAAACAAGAGAGUGUAAGAGACCGUCAAAGACUUUCACUGGGCUGGCCAUGGAAUUCCAGUUUUAGAGAGAUGCGGAGAGCAUGGGUAUAUUUUGAUGUUAGUAGCACCCAUUUCUAUGUCUGUGUAGGCAUAAUCCUAUGGCGAAUUUGUAGUAGUCUACAUGGAAACCCCUGUGAGUACUUCUUGAUUUUGUUUGUGAUAUUGAUGUAUUAUGAUAUGUAUGGACAUUGCCAUUCACUUUGAUGCAUUUUAUGUAAGCAACGAUACACAUGUAUGCUAUAGUGUGCAAAUAUACAGUAUGUAUAUAGAUGCAGUUGGCUCAUUGGGAGCUCUCAUUAUUUCGUUAUUUCAGGCAAUGGGGGUGUUUGUGACUGUUGCUGGUCAUGAAUAAAUCAAGGCUACAAAUAUC